ACGCGACUCUCCGCGGGAGGUCCAUGGUCGUUUGUAAAGACGCGUAGAGUGGACGGGGAGGGGAUUCCCAUCUCGAGCGAAAAGACGAAAAAAAUAACUUUAAACGAGGGAGCCGGAGGAGGAGAAGACGACGACAACGUUGGAGGAGGAGGUGGAAGAGGAGGAAGAGGAGUGAAGUGAGCAGGGACCGGGAUGAGCAAAGGCGCGAUGCCCACUGGGGGACGUGACUAGAGUCAUCCACGAGCAGCAGCAUCAUCAUCAGCAGCAGCAUCAGCAGCAGCAGCAACAUCGGCGGCAUCGGCGCUAGAUUUAUCAUCGGCAUCAGCAGAAGCAUUUGCGUCGUCGUCGUCAUCAUCAUCAGCAGCAGAAGCAGCAGCAACACAUUAUGCACGCGCCGUGCGUGGGAGUCGCGUCCGUGAAGAUGGAGGGAGGACACGAGCCCGACUGGAGCUCCUACUACGCCGACCCGAGCGAGGCCUACAGCACCUCCGCCGCCAUGAACGCGGGUCUGGGCGGCCUCGUCUCCAUGAACGGCUACCACAUGGGCCACAUGCACGGGGCCUUGCAGACACCGUCCUCCGUGGCGCUCCCCACAUACGGCUCCCUGCAACAACAGCAGCAACAGCAGCAUCAUCAUCAUCAGCAGCAGCAUCAUCAUCAGAGCUCCACCACGACAUCCCCGCAGCUGUGCGGGGUGAUGCAGCAGAGCGGUACGGCGCCCGGCGCCCUGCAAGGAGGCGGCUACGGGGGUCUCAUGGGCGGCAGUGGCGUCGGCGUCGGCGGCGGCGGCGGAAGCCCCCUCGGAGGUGACCCCUACGGCGGCGAGGAUUUCCUGCUGCAGGGCGCCGGCGGCGGCGCGGCGGGGGACGCGCGCGGCCCGGCGCAGGACGCGGCGUUCAAGGGCUACCGGCGGAGCUACACGCACGCCAAGCCGCCGUACUCGUACAUCUCGCUCAUCACCAUGGCCAUCCAGCAGUCGAGCGGCAAGAUGCUGACGCUCAACGAGAUCUACUCGUGGAUCACCGACCUCUUCCCCUUCUACCGGCAGAACCAGCAGCGCUGGCAGAACUCCAUCCGCCACUCGCUCUCGUUCAACGACUGCUUCGUCAAGGUGCCGCGCUCGCCCGACAAGCCGGGCAAGGGCUCCUUCUGGGCGCUCCACCCGGACUCGGGGAACAUGUUCGAAAACGGCUGCUACCUGCGUCGGCAGAAGCGCUUCAAGUGCGACAAGAAAGGGACGGCGAAGACGGCCAGGAGCGCUUGCGGUGAGCAGCAGCAGCAGCAGCAAGGAGGUGAACUGCAGAGUAGCCGUGCGGAGGAGAUGGAGCAACAGCAGCAGCAGCCUCGGCCAAGCUCGGCCUCAGCUCUGCACCAUCACGAGGACUCGCCGCCAGCCGAGGCCAUGGUCUCGUCUUCUAGCCGCCAGGACGGCGCGCUGGUCCUGCCGCCGCUACUCCAGAGCCUCCACCAUCAGCAGCAGCAGCAGCAUCCGCAGCAGCAGCAUCAUCAUCAUCAUCAGCAGAAUCAUCAACAGCAACAGCAGCAGCACAGCGCAACCGAUCCGGCCUCUCUGCACCUUAAGAUGGACCCCAACUACUUUAGCCACCCGUUCUCAAUCACCAGCCUCAUUUCUUCUGGACAGCUGCAUCAGCAACAGCAGCAGCAGCUGCUGCAGCAGCAACAACAGCAGCAGCAGCAUCAGCAGAGGAUGGAUUACAAGGGCUAUGAGCAGGUAGUGCAUGGAUUGUCCGGGUACGAGUCUGAGAUGCACGCGGCCAUACACGGGAAGACACUGAUGGAACACACGUCCAUCGGCACCACUGACCCAGCAGUCUACAGAGGUCUGUAUGCCCGGCCACUCAUGAAUUCGUGAUUAUAUCAGACCUCUCAUCGGUGAGCGUGCAUGUGUGUGUGUGCGUGAUGUAUCUAGCAGGGUGUCCAUGAAGGUAUCAUCCAUUUCUAAAGGUAUUAUCCAUUCAUAAAGGUGUCAUCCAUUUAUAAAGGUGUCAUCCAUUCAUAGAGGUAUCCAUUCAUGAAGGUGAAUCAACACCCUGCACCACCCCAAUUCAAACGAGGUGUUCCAUCUCAAGGGAUAGUCCAGGAGAAAUAUUUUAAAAGGUUAAUAGGAUAUGAACACGGCCUUUUAGUCCAUCCGCUGCUGGAUAAAUGUCUCCCCACCCCAUCAUCUGUCAUGGGGGGCGACGUGCGAACAUACUUCACCACGCUGGUCAGUGCGGCUUGGUGAAUGGGGGAGAGGGGAGGGGCGGCCGGGGUAUCCCUCGUGAGUCUUGGCUGUGGCCUGGAAUCGAACUCAGGUUUGCAGAGUAGAGGUUUAGAGGGAAGUUUUGGUAUAGUUUUAUCUACACCCACACAUUUGCCUUAUAGUCACUAUAAAAUAAUGGGUGACAUUUUUACGGACAGCACAAUGCAUACAGCACUAUGAGAAACAGCCACAACUCGCACACAAUAAACAGAAUUCGAACGAAUAUUAUUGAUUCGUGCAUGCGCAAAGAUGAUGAACAUUGAGCCCAUGAUGAGCGGUGUCACGAUGACUCUAUCUGUGCAUCAAUUCACAUCAAUAAGCAAGGUUCCACGAUAAGUGGCAUGAAAAACGCGUGCGUACAACAUCGAGGUGAAUUCAAAGUAUACCCCGAACAAGGCUACAUAUAUAGACGAGAAUAGGUGAAUAGGUUGAAUCGAUUCAUAAGCUAAAACGACGACGACGCACACACACGAUCGCCAUGUUCGCAUGUCAAAAACGAAAUCCGUGUUUCCGAUCCGCACGCGCUGAACGAGACAUCGACAUCGGGCGGUCAUGGAAGACUUAGGUCGACUGGCGGCACGGGCACAUUCACGAUGGCGAGGGAAUGGUCGAGGCGCAGGAGAGCGAUGGACGAGCCCGCCGACACGCGGUGACCACUCGCGGUGACCACUCGCGGAGACGGAGCGACGCGAUGGGUCAUCUCACGCGGUUAGGAAAUGUGACAUCACGAGAGAUGGCGACGACGGCGAAGAGAGAGGCUUCCAUCCAACAGUGGACAAGAAUCAAGGCUGUGGUGGCUGAUGGAUGAUGAUGCGGAAGGAUCCUUGCAGCCGCUAGAGGCCGCUACAUUCACCGCAAUGUGCACAACAACAACAAAAACCGUCAGGAACAAUAAUUGCGAACGAAGAUUUUAAUGCCGCGUUAAUUCCAAGAACGUGAAACCCAGGCCGUGCAGUGUCACAUAAUCCCAGCCGAUUGCACCCUACACGCCUCGCGUCGACAACAGCUGCCACCAUUCACCACUAAGUUGUGGUGAUGUCACCACGGCGCUUGUGCCAGGCUAGGUGCACUUUGAAGGCCACGUGAAGUGUUGUCGAAGGCUCGCCGGCAACGAGGUCACGGGACAGACCCAGGCGCCACGGGUUGAUACACACACACACACAGAUGUCAAUUCGUUGUGAAAUAUGACGAAUGCUGUCGGCAAAUAUUAAUAUACAGGACAAGCUUGCACAGAGACAGGAUUUUGUUUGGUUUAUUUGGUGAUGCUGUUGCGUUGGUAAUGGUGCACAAGCACAAACAACAACAACAACAAAAACUCAACACGUUCGGUUUCAAUAACACUGAAUUAAAUUAAUAAUACGGUUAUGAUAGGCGACGUUUCGGGCAAUGACGCUUCUUCACAGCACAUAAUUACAGAAGCCCCGUUGUAUGAGGUGCGGUCUCCAAGUCGUAUGCACUUUAUCACUCCGGUCUCUGAGUAUGUCCUAUGACGAAGGGCCAUUUCCCGAAACGUCAGACAUUCUACAUAUUUGUUUUCCUUUCAAGGUCACAUACAGUGCUGUUGACGAAUGUGUGUGUGUUGAUUCUCCUGUAAUCUGGUGAGAGAUGUUCCUGUUGAUGUAUGUUCGCAGGAUCUGGUGGAUUGUGUAAUAUUUGGUGACUGGUGUAUUUGGUUUACGUGUAUUAACACUUUGGUCCGAUGGUGUUUGAUGGUGUAUAUGUAAGUUCUGAUGUAUGUACACGUGUGUUGUUUAAUAUCAAACAUACAAUGAUCCCCUUUAUAGCCUUAACAGACUGUUGGGGCAAGUGCUGUUAGCUCGGAGCACAUAUGAAGGCCGGCACAACACAUGAGGGGGUGGGUGGCCGACACCACGUCCGACCGCCUUUGUCUCUCUCGUGGCGAUGUUUACACACCGCACCAGGUACUCAUUUGAGGCUUGCGUUGACCUAGGGGAGGCCCAGUACCAGUUAAGAUAAUCGUCACCGGUUCGUCACCGGUGUUGGCCGUGAGUGGGAAUGAAACUCUGUACACCAGGCGAGGGAGUUAACAUCUGGCCAACCUUAAGGCCACCUCGCGGCCCAAGCCUAUCACAGCGCGCUAACCACUCCGCUCUCUCUCGCUCCGCCACUAGGGAGACAAAGGCGGCCGGGCGUGAUGCUUGCCACCCCCACCACCGCUUGUGUGCCGUUCCGGCCUUCAUAGGCGCUCGCUUAUAGCAACUUGCACUAACAGC